CAAAGAACAAACGCUCUUCCACAAACCGUGGAUGGACAAAAGCAGCACUCAAUAAUAUCAGCCAAAAAAAUAAUACCCCAACACAAGAACAAUAGAAAACGAGACACAAGACUAGCAAAAAUGGCCAAAGGCGGCGGUAAAAACAACGGCGGGGUCCAAAACAGGGCAAUCUACUCCCGCGUCUCCUUCCUCCAGCAAGCCGCCGUUUUUCUAUCCCGGCAGUCUCAGUCACAACACCAGCAACAACAACAACAACAACAACACCAAUCACUCCCGUCUUCCACAUCCUCAGCCUUGGCUCCCCUUGUUCCACCACCAACGUCACUAGAAGGCAUGUCCCGUCGUCUAGCCACCGACCUCCGCUCCGUGUCCCUCAAGACCCGGAUCCGUCUCAGUCCUGCCGUCAAGCGGACCAUCUGCAAGUACUGCGACUCGGUUCUUAUUGACGGGUCAACAUGCACAACGGUCAUUGAGAACAGGAGCAAGGGCGGGCGCAAGCCGUGGGCGGAUGUCUUGGUAAGGAGGUGUCAUGCGUGCAAGAAGGAGAGGAGGUAUCCAAUUGAGGCGAAGAGGACGAAGCGGAAGACGGAACGCGGGAUAACGGGAGAAGACGCGGCUGGUGGGGAUGCCAUGGAAGUCGAUGGCCCUCCUGUUGCCGGAAAGGGGAAGGGGCAGAAGCAACAGGGCCAUAAGCAGAAGCAGAAACAGCCGCAGGGUCAGACGGAGGUGGAACACGACAAGCAUCAUGCUCGAGUUGGUCAGCCAGAUGUGUGGGAAAAGCGCCGACGAGGCUGCAUGUCCCUCUUCAUUGAACACGCCGAGGCCAGGAGAAUAGUUGAAGAGCCUAGCCAAGGUGAGGAUCUUGGUUACGUCGACUCGGGUCAGGUCCGAGGACAUGGCCUGUCGGAGAAAGUCUGGUGGUAACAUACCGAUCGUAACCAGUUCCGGGACCUACCCCGAGGUCUCGCGAGUAGCAAGCCGUCUUCUACGGCGGGGUGGAUUUUUACGAUCCAGGGUCACGACAAGGGAGUGUAUCCGCUUCAACAUCUCCAGACUGGCUAGUAGCGAAGGACAACUGAGGACGUUCUAGCACCUACAAACCUUCUAGCCCGAAUUGGAGGAAAUCGCAAGAACACUGGUAGAAGCCGUGCUGCCGUGUUAGUCAGACGAACCAAAUCAAAACCAUAUCAGGAAGCCGGCCCUUCACACAUAUCUACAACCUCCAGUGACUA